AUGUCCCUCUGUCCCCCCCUGCAGGGGAAGCUGGUGAAGUACUUCAGUCGCCAGCUGUCCUGUAAGGUGAGAGUGGCCUCACAGGAGAACAGUACUGAGCUACAGGACUUCCCCAGACUGGGACACUGGUUCCGCAUUGUCAACCUGAGGAAGGAGGUCACUGAGGUACAUUGAUUUACAUCUACGUAUCACUGUCAUAGUGUAGUAAUGAUAGUAAUACCUUCUUACAAAGGUCCUCCCGAGGUCCUCCCGAGUGGCGCAGUGGUCUAAGGCACUGCAUCGCAGUGCUAGCUGUGCCACUAGAGAUCCUGGUUCGAAUCCAGGCUCUGUCGUAGCCGGCCGCGACCGGGAGACCCAUGUGGCGGUGCACAAUUGUCCAGGGUAGGGGAGGGAAUGGCUGGCAGGGAUGUAGCUCAGUUGGCAGAGCAUGGCAUUUGCAACGCCAGGGUUGUGGGUUCGAUUCCAGUAUGAAAAAAAAAAAUUGUAUGCACUCACUAACUGUAAGUCGCUCUGGAUAAGAGCGUCUGCUAAAUGACUUAAAUGUAAAUGUACAAAUAGCCGAUGGUCUGCAAAAUUUGUUCUAGUAAGAGUAAUAAAAUAGUUCUGUUUUUAGUAUUGAAAUCCCUCUGGCAGUAGGAUGAAAGACACUAUAAGGGGUCUGGGCCAGGGGUGUUACCCUGGUAGUGUAGCCAAUGUGAAAUGGCUAGCUAGUGCUCUAUGCAAGACAGAGGCUGAAACAUUACCUUUUUCAGAAUAAUUUCCCACAUAGUGUGCGUUUCCAUCAUGUGCCACAGUCAGCAGCAUACCACCCUGCAUCCCACUGCUGGCUUGCUUCUGAAGCUAACCAGGGUUGGUCCUGAUCGGUCUUUGGAUGGGAGAUCAGAUUCUGCUGGAAGUAGCAUGGAGCCUAUUCUAAACACUGAAUAAAACAUAGGCCUAUUUAGGACUAGGCUCAGAUGUCUUUCGCUUCUCUUCAUGAGGAUUGAAUGGAUCUAAAUAAAUAGCUGCUAUAGGCCCUGCAUUCAGGUAGGCUGCCACCAACAAGGCUGCUUGUUGUCAUAAAUGCAACAUAUCUAUACAGGACACUCCUAUAUGGGAAAAAAAAUCAAACUGAUGUAUUAAAAUAAUUUUAAAUAAAUGUUGAGGUGCAACAUGGUAAUGUCAGGAAUAUGACACAAAUAUGUCAGGUAUAACAGAAGGCUUUAACCACUUGAUCAAUCGAUUCAAGUUGGGACUUCAGCAAUAUAAUAAUCAAGACUUGAUUUGACAAAGGAGAAAGAUCCCAGGAAAAUGGACUGGUGCCCAAAGAGGUAGGCUAGGACAUGCUCUGAAUUUAAAUUCACAUAUAAGCGACGGUACUUAACUCUUCUGAGUUGGCUAGAACUAAAUUCACCUUAGAGGUGCGCACUAGUAGCAUUUAAUCAGUGACGUCACCCGCUCCGAGACCUUGACGUAGCUGUUUCCCUUGCUCAGCAAGAUGUGUUCAGAGGGUCUCUGGUUUGAGCCUAGGUUGGGGCAAGGAGAGGGACGGAAGCAACACUGUUAGAGUAGGAAUGGAGUCACUCAGUGUCAGUGGGUCUAGACCAGGGUCUGUAUUCACGAAGUGUCUUAUGGUAGGAGUGCUGAUAUAGGAUCAAGGUCUUCCCUGUCCAUAUAAUCAUAAUAAUUUUGAUCUAAAAGGCAAACCUGGUCUUAUAUCAGCAUUCUCUGAUACUCUUUGUAAAUAGGGGCCCAUUCUCAUUUGCUUUUAACAGUACCAAGAAUUAGAACAGGUCAUGGUAGAAAUCGUUUUAGUUACUCAGCUCCGUGGUCCUGGAAUUCUCUCUUGAACAUUUUAAAAUCUGAUGAUCUAGUUACGUUGGUGGAGUUUAAACACUUGGUUGAUGUAAAUAUCAUAGAAGAGUGUAAUUGUCUUUAGGACCGCUGUUUUUUUUUUGUUAUGACAUUUGUGUUUCUUUACGUAAUAUGUAAUUGUUGUACUGUAUGUGUGCCUAUAGUUUUGUUCAAUGUUGUGUUAGUGUAUGUAAGUAGUUUUGUCUGAAACUUUGUGCCCACUGCUGCUGUUGGACAAGGUCUCUCUUGAAAAAUAGAUUUUAUCUCAAUGAGAAAAACCUGUAUAAAUAAAGGUAAAAAUAAAUCAAUAAAAAGGAGUGUUAAACUCAAUUCCUGGAAGACCACAAAGUCUGCUGGUUUUCAUUCUUCCCUUUAAAUUAGUGUCUGAUUUAGACCUGGGAAACCAGGUGUGCUGACUCCCUGUGUGGGCGAAAUUAAAACUUGCAGUCGCUAUUGCCCGCAAGAGCUGGAAUUUGACUUACAGUACUUGAGUGUUAGCCUGGGUGCCAGUCUGUUUCUGCUCAUUUGCCAGCUCCUUAUGGAAUUGUCAAUGACAAUGGAGUAGGCAAAAGCACUGGGACCAGGCUACUUGUGUGUGUGUGUUCUGUAGGAGAUGGGUCCGGGCGAUGUGACUCUGGAGGGGCUGCUGGAGAUGAGUGAUGAGCAGGUGUGUGAGGCCAUGGAGAAGUUUGGAGCCAACGACGAGGAGUGUGCCCGGCUCAACGCCUCUCUGUCCUGCCUCAGGAAGGCCCACAAGUCAGGUAGGAACCCUACACACACGGAGGGAGGGGGAGAAGGAGAGAGGGAGGAGAGAGGGAGGAAAGGCAGACAGUGUAGGGCCGUAACACAUGCCAUCUCUGGGGAAGGGAGAGAGAGAGGGAGGGAGGGAGAGAGGGAGGGAGGGAGGGAGGGAGGGAGAGAGAGAGAGAGAGAGAGAGAGAGGGAGGGAGGGAGGGAGGGAGGGAGGGAGGGAGGGAGAGAGGGAGGGAGGGAGAGAGGGAGGUAGGGCACUCUGGAAUGUAACCGUGACUCUUUUCCAGGUUGUUAUUGCCUUAGCAAGGCUACAAGCGAAACAUAUGUAUGUAUCUCGUGAGAUCAGGAUGGUAGUACGAGGCUAUCUAUACAGUUCAUGAGGAGUUUUCAUAAACUGGUGAAUGUCACCCUCUGUUGACCGGAUUUUGCAACACAUGAAUUCAGUAGGAUGCAGUCUCAGAAAUGUGCCUUCAGUCUGGAAACUGUCAAAUAAAACAUUUAGAAGUUGGUCAUUGUUUGAUAUGGGGAUAUUAUGCAUUUGUUCACAAUGAGGGCUGGAGUUUACAAUGACUGGUGGGAUUGAAUCUGUUGAUUCUGCUAGUUUAUUCUGUUGUGUUAGUGCUGGGCUAGGGCAAAAGCCUGCACACCUUGUGGGUCUCCAGGACCAGGUUCAAAGAAUACAAGGCUUGA